GGUGUCGAUUUAUCAUUAUCCAGAGCCUACGUGGGCCAACGAAAGAAGGAAGAACUCCAUACGUGGACCAACAAAGCAAGUGGGCGUGGCGAACUUUGUCCGUGGGCUAACACAUCAGCUAAUGUAAUGGGCCAAGAGAGGAGGGAAAGAAAGGAAGAAAAAAAAAACGGGAAGAGAGGGAAGAAAGGCCUCUGUCGGCGACGACCGGCGGUCUUGUCUGUACAGUGGCCGCGGUGCGGACAAAGGGGGGGCGGGGGCAAAUGAAAUGCCAAGAAAUCGCAAGGGAAAGUGAAGAGCGCAGGGCAGCCAGCAAAUCGCCAAUCCCAGAAUCGCCACCGAGCCAAGCAAAGCUCCGCCUCCCCAGCUGCUGCUGCUCCCUUCACCAACCAGCCAAGCAAAGCAAGCUCCCUCCACCCACCUGCUGCCGCUGCUGCCGAGCCGAACCCUCCAAGCCCAGGCACAGGCAGGAGUCGCCGGCGGCGGCGGGAGCAAGUAUCUCUGCCUCAGGAUUGGAUCUCCGCGUCCCGUCCAUGGCGGAUCAGGAGGCGGCGUGGCCCCCCUGGACCUCCCUCCUGCUGCGGGCGCUGAGCCGGCGGCGGACCUGGGUGGCGCUCUUCCUGGCCGUGUACGCCGCGCUGCUCUGCUCGUCCUGGAGCCUGCUGGCCUCCGUCCGCGCCUGGUACUACGACUCCGCCUCGGCCUCCUCUUCUUCCGCCUCCGCGUCGCCGCCGCCCCCGGCGUGGCCCGCGGCGCUGUACGCGUCCGUGAUGUACGGCGCCGUGUUCGGCCUCCUGUCCAUGGGCGCCGCGCUGGCCGUGGCGGCGCCCGCCAUGCUGGUGACGUGGAUCACCGUGCUGGUGCUGCUGGCGUUCGCGGGGCGGCCCCGGCGGUCGCUCGUCGCGGAGGGCCGCCGCGCCACGCGGGACAUCGCGGGGCUCGCGCUCCGCGUGCUGCUGCGCGAGGGCAACGCCGUCGCCGCGCUCUGCGCCGCCGCCAGCUUCGCCGCGCUCCUCCUCGGCCGCCGCGACGAUGGCGGCGGCUCCUGACCACUGCUCGAUUCUCUGCCGCGCGCGACCCUGUUCUAUAUUCCCCCCAAUUUCUUCUCUCUCUUUUUUCCUCCUCGCAUCCUGUUCUUGCCGUGCGCUAAUUUGUUGGUUACAGACUUACUACAGUUACUAGGGGUAAAUAUUUUUUAUCACCACACGGAGUUGUUUUUA